AUGAGUGAAAACAAAGUCUCUUUGCAUCCGGAACCAAAGAAAUGGAAGGCUCCCAAGGGACCAAAACCCGUUCACCAUAAGAACAAGAACCUUAUUGGUUUGGGAAGAGCGAUCGCUAAACAGAGACGAACAGAAAAUGCUGUUGAAUUCUUGCCCGAUGGCGAAAUGCGUUUUACAACAGACAAGAAGGAAGCAAAUUGGGUGAAGUUAAGAUCUGUGACACAAGAAAACUCUUUGGAUGAGUUUUUGAAUACCGCAGAGUUGGCUGACCAAGAUUUUACAGCAGAAAAGUAUCAGCAAGUCAAGAUCAUCAAGGUGGGAAACACAUCUCUCGUGAACCAGUCUGGAUUGUUGACCGAGGAGGAAAGAAUCGAAUUACGUAAGAAACACCAAAUCUUCGAGAACAAGUUGACAAUUCCUAAGAGGCCAAAAUGGUCGAAAGAUCAACUGAAGUUUCAAAUCGAAAGACAGGAAAACUUGGCCUUUUUGGAAUGGAGAAGAGAGUUGGCGUCUUUGAGUGAAAACAAUGACUUGUUAUUGACUCCCUUCGAAAGAAACAUUGAAGUUUGGAGACAGUUAUGGAGAGUUGUUGAAAGAUGUGACUUGAUUGUGCAGAUCGUGGAUGCCAGAAAUCCAUUGUUUUUCAGAUCUGUUGAUUUGGAGAAGUAUGUCUCGUCUUUGAGCAGGCCGGAAGAAAACCAUGAGAAGCGUAAUUUGCUUUUAGUUAACAAAGCUGAUUUGCUUACUCGUGCGCAAAGAAUUGAGUGGGCCAAAUACUUCAAGAGUAAACAAAUCAACUACGUUUUCUUUUCCGCUGCUAACGCCAAUAUGUUGUUGGAAAAGGAGCUCGAGGAGGCGGAGAAGAUGAAGAAUGACCCAACAUAUGUUCGCGAGACUCCAGCCAGUAUUCAAGAUCAAGAGGAAGAAGAGGCUGAUAUCAAAAUUCUCAAGAUUGAAGAGUUGGAAGAAUUGUUCAUGACUACGGCUCCUAAGUUCGAAGUAACUCCGGACUUUCCAGAUCGUAAAUUGCAGAUCGGUUUAGUCGGAUACCCUAAUGUUGGUAAAUCUUCUACAAUUAACGCCUUAGUGGGAUCGAAGAUGGUUUCUGUUUCCGCUACUCCUGGUAAAACCAAACAUUUCCAGACUAUUUUCUUGACUCCAGAAGUCCUUCUAUGUGAUUGUCCUGGUUUAGUUUUCCCUAACUUUGCUUACGGAAGUGGAGAAUUAGUUUGUAAUGGUGUUUUACCUAUUGACCAGUUACGUGAACAUAUCCCUCCAGUUUCUCUUGUAUGUCAGAGAAUUCCUAAGUUCUACCUUGAAGCGGUUUACGGUAUUCACAUUCCAAUUCAGAGUAAGAAAGAUGGAGGAAAUGGCAUUUAUCCUACGGCACGGGAGCUUUUGAAUGCUUAUGCUAGAGCUAGAGGCUAUAUGACGCAAGGUUUUGGAAGUGCAGAUGAAUCUAGAGCUUCCAGAUACAUCUUAAAGGAUUAUGUCAAUGGAAAGUUGCUUUACAUCAAUCCGCCACCCCGUCAACUCGAAGACGGAACAUGGGACAUUCCAUCUGUUGAAGAGUCGAGAGAGUUUAAUAAGGAGCUUUACACAUUGCACACCUUGCCUGAGUCUAGACAACAACAGAUCAUUUCUGCUUUAACGUCAAAGAACAUGGAAAUUGAUGAAUUUGAUUUGGCGAGAGACUUAGCUGCUCUCAAUUUCUCCCAGCAUAUCUCCGAAUCCGAAAAUCAAAAGUUUACGGGUGACUCUACCGCAGGAGCCACAACUAAGUUUUACGGAGGAAGACAAGCAGCUUUGGAAAGUGCCGCUGAUGAUUUGGAUAGAGAUUUUUUCAAGAUGAAUAAUGUGGAAGCGAAAAUGAACACGCCUUUCCACAAAAACCAAGCAUUGGGCCGUGGCAACAAGAAACAUAACAAGAAGAACAAGAAGGCUGAGAAGAAAGUCAGGGUAGUGGGCUACUAA